ACUCUACUGGCUUUAUUUCACAGCCGCUUAUUCUCACAGCACAGCUGCUUAUUCUUACAGCAGCUUUUUUUCAAAGCACAGCAAUACCAAACCAGCCCUAAAUCACUUGAACACUCAUUUUAUCUGGUUGCUCAAAUCUUGAUGAGUUUCCAAUGGAGAUGAUGAAGAUGGAGUCUCUGAAAGUUCUUGAGACAGAUGGACUUCCAAUAGUCUGCCAGUUUUCAUCAAAGGUUUGAGGAAGAUCGAUGAACUCUCUUUCAAGGGUUGUGAUAGGCUCGAAUCGCUUGUGGGGUUGCCGGAAGUACACCAAUGGCUAAGUAUAGCCGGAUGCAUAUCAUUAAAAAAAAUAACUUUUCAUUCCCCUGAGCAACCGUAUCUAGUACGUGGGGGUGACAACUCGAAUAACUGUAAUUGCUGUUACAAGUUACAGCCUUUUGAUAGAGUUGAUGUGAAAAUGAUCAAACUUAUGGGCUUGUGCAACUUUGAAUCCAUGCCAGCUGUUCAAAUGCGUAAUUCAUACACAUACAGGGAUCCAAAAGAGGUCCCCGUCCAGGGACUGUAUCAAUUUGGUGUAUUCAGCACUUUUUUUGUUGGGAAUGAGGUUCCAGGCCGGUUCAGCUAUAAAAGUACGAAGUAUUCGAUAUCUUUUAUUGUCCCUUUACUACUUGCUAGUCACAGAAUUCGAGGCUUGAACAUCUUUGCUACCUAUGCAAAGGAAAAUUCAAAUAAUUAUUCUACUGGACCUAUUAUUGUUCCAAUAAUGAUCAAAGUGAGAAACAAGAGCAAGGGUUUGAAGUGGAUCUAUUGCCCAUUAUCCUAUGGAAUCCCAGGUGACGGAGAAGAUAUGAUAUGGUUGAGCCAUUGGAAGAUGGAGAAUAAUACAAUAUUACAAUGUGGAGAUGAAGUGGUGGUUUCGGUAAUAACCGGACCACGUGACUUGUUUUUGGUAAAGGAGUUUGGUGUCGAGCUUGUGCAAGAGCACCAAGACAAGAUGAGUACCCAACACAACACCAAAUCAGAUCCUAAUUAUCCAUUUGUUAUCGGUGGAGAUUUGAAGACGUGGAAGUGCAAACCAGGAAUAUACUUCCUUAGCUGUAGGAGACGAGAAGAUACUGACGACAUUGAUAUCCUCACCAUGGACUCUGAUGAAGAAGACACAAACAAAGAAGGGCAAGAGGAUGAACCUGAUUACACAAUUGCAAAGACGAUGGCAGCUAGCAAUAACUGCAGCCUAAGAGGAUGGAAGGUGCGCCUCACAGCUGUCGGCUUCUUUUUCGCGCUUGCUCUAGUUGGUUGGUCCUCCAUCUCGCAAAAAAAGAAGCGACACUCGUCCACAAGCCCACCAUGAGUUUGUAAUUUGACUUGAUAUAGAUAUAUCUUUGCAUUCCUUGCUCUCAAGAUGUUUUCUACCUUCGAAACUUCAAGUUUAGAGCUAAGCACUUUAACCGCUUGAGAUAUAAAAGCCCCUUGCAACUA